AUGGCUAAACAUGCACGCAAAAAGCAGAAGACCGCAAAUACUACAGAGACCGUUCAGCCACUGGGGUCCGUUGCUGCGCUCACUGACGAGACUAGCAAAGACGAUGAGGAGAGGAGGCUAGAGAGCUUGCUCUUUGGCACUCCGUACAAUCCUCCCGACAAGUCUGGAGACAAAAUACUGGUAGUGUCGGAUAACGAGCGCGAGGCUGAAGAUGCCGGGGACAAUGAGCUGCAGCACAUGUUAGAUACCGAUCUCUUCUUCAUUGAUGAUACUGGUCCGCGUGCAGAGCUGUUGGAUAUCGCUAUGGAUGUAGACUUUGCUGCAGGCGAGAGUUCUGAGAAUGGGUCGGAUGCGGAUGAAGUACGUCAAGGCUCGAGCUAUGACGAGGAGGAAGAGGAGGAAGAAGACUCGGCAGACGAGGAUGAUGUAGUGGUUGCGACAGAGACUCCCUCGUUCCUGUUGAGGUCCUCGAAGAAGAAAGGUCCUGCAUGGAUAGACCCGGACGAUCCUGAUCUUCAGGUAUCGUUAGCUAACGACAAGCGUCUCCGGAAACUACGUGAUGCAGCUGUGGAAGACAUGCUACGGGGGAAGGAGUAUGAACGCCGUUUGCGUCGGCAAUUCCAAAAGAUCAAUCCCACCCCCGAAUGGGCUGCGAAAGCACGUAAGAAGCUGCAUCCGGAACAAACGAAGCGCAGGAGGUCGUCGUCCGCUUCGGCCUCGGAUUUGGAGGGCUCUGAUGAGGAUAUCCUUCCUGAACUGCUGUCCGACGCGAGAGGCAUUUUGCAGCGAGGGCGAAGACCUAAAGCACUGCCGCAUGGCACCUUGUCCAUUGAGCGGCUGCGCGACGCGAACCUUUCUGCUCGGUCUGAGGGCGAGGUCAAAGCGGUCCAGUUCCACCCGUCCCCACAGGUUCCUGUGCUCUUGACGGCAGGCUCUGACCGCAGAUUACGGCUAUUUAACGUCGACGGCCACACGAAUCCCUUAUUACAAACCGUUCACAUCCCCGAGCUCCCCAUCACGAAUGCCCUCUUUCACCCAGGCGGCACAUCCGUCCUCCUCAGCGGCCCGCGCCCCUUCUACUACCACUACGACCUCCAAAGUGGCACUGCACAGCGCUCGCCCCGCGGGCUCUGGGGAACCACCUUCUCCAACGCCAACCCGGCCGCGCAGGACGCGAGCAUGGAGAUCUGCGCGUUCGACCCGUCCGGGAGCGUCCUCGCGGUAGCGGGCCGGCGUGGGCACGUCCAUCUCGUCGACUGGCGCGCAGGCCAGGGCCAGGUGGUGGGUGGCGUGAAGAUGAACGCGCCGGUGAAGAGCGUGCGUUGGACGGGCGGGAGCGGGGAGCGGAGCGAGUUGGUCACACUCGGGGAGGAUGCGGAGGUGUAUGUGUGGGAUGUGGGCGAGCGGAGGUGUGUGAGGCGGUGGAAGGAUGACGGCGGGUUCGGGAGCCGUCUCGUGGAAAGUGAUAGCUCUGGGAGAUAUCUUGCUAUAGGCUCGCGCACGGGUCUUGUCAACGUUUAUGGGUCCGAGGGGCCUACAUCGUUAGGGUCCAGCAAGCCCAAGCUACUGAAGACUCUCGGCAAUCUCACCACUUCCAUUACUGCGCUCCGGUUCAACCAUGACUCGCAGUUGCUUGCCAUGGCGAGCAACACCAAAAAGGAUCAGAUGCGUCUGAUCCAUCUUCCGUCAUUGACGGCGUUCUCGAAUUGGCCCACAUCGAGUACGCCUCUCGGCCACGUUACGAGUGUCGACUUUUCGACUGGUAGCGAAUACCUAGCCAUUGGCAACAAUCGCGGCCGCGUACUACUGUACCACCUGAAGGAUUUUGCACUACAAUGA